AUGCUUCGCGUUGGCCACGUGCUUAAGGGAGCACGAGCGACGUAUGAGCUGCAGCAAGUGUUGAAAGGAAACACCGUUUUCGAAGCUCGGAUACUAAGCCCUAUUUCCCUCGAUGAGACAUGGUCACACUAUCAGAUUCCCCAUAUCACCGCAAGCCCUUAUGUUCGCCAGAUGCAUGAGACAAUUGGAUCAUUCGAGGAUCCUGGCAGCAACCCGGAAGUUAUUACUGGAAAUCAACCCUGCCUGUGUGUUUGA